AUGCACGUCGUCGGCGCCUCCGAUCUCAAUCCGUCAUCGAUAUCCCAAACCGCUCGCAAGUCCACCGGAGGAAAGGCUCCUCGCAAGCAGCUCGCCACCAAGCAAGCCCGUAAGAGUGCGCCCCAGACCACUGGUGGUGUCAAGAAGCCUCACCGCUUCCGCCCUGGUACCGUUGCUCUUCGUGAAAUUCGCCGCUACCAGAAGAGUACCGAGUUGCUCAUCCGCAAGCUCCCCUUCCAGCGUCUCGUUCGUGAGAUUGCCCAAGACUUCAAGACCGACCUCCGCUUCCAGUCAUCGGCCGUCCUCGCCCUCCAGGAGGCUAGCGAGGCCUACCUCGUGUCUUUGUUCGAAGAUACCAAUUUGGCCGCUAUCCAUGCCAAGCGCGUUACUAUUCAACCCAAGGACUUGCCCUUGCUCGCCGCCUCCGUGGUGAACGCUCUUAGGCUUGUAGACUCGAUCCUAUGCACCUAUAGUUUAUAA